AUGGAUCUGUCAAAGCACAUCGAAUGCCUUUCGCAAUGGCCUGCUCAUAUCCCGGCAGGUCUGCCCGCCGUAGGCGCGUUGGUUCUCCUCGCAACUGGUGGGCUUGCUGUCGCCUGCAAGGUCUGGAGCUUCCUGCGGGUGAUCCUCAGUCUAUUCAUCCUUCCCGGCAAACCGCUUCGUUCCUUCGGACCCCCCGGUAGCUGGGCUGUGGUAACUGGUGCCUCGGAUGGUCUGGGGAAGGAAUUCGCGCUGCAGCUGGCGCGGGCCAAGUUCAACAUCGUGCUGGUGUCGCGAACCGAAUCGAAGCUGGAGACUCUUGCCGAAGAAAUCACCAAGCAAUUCCCCAAUGUGCAAACCAAGAUCCUCGCCAUGGACUUCUCCCGCAACUCCGACGCCGACUACACCGCGCUGAGUGCUCUUGUCUCGGAUCUGGAUGUCUCAAUCCUCGUCAACAACGUCGGCCUGAGCCACUCGAUCCCCGUCCCCUUCGCCCAGACCCCAGCUUCCGAGAUGGCCGAUAUCAUCACCAUCAACUGCACCGGUACCCUGCGCGUCACCCAGCUCGUUGUCCCCGGCAUGAUGCAGCGCCGCCGCGGUCUGAUUCUCACUAUGGGUUCAUUCGGUGGUCUUCUCCCUACACCUCUGCUGGCCACCUACUCCGGAAGCAAGGCUUUCCUGCAGCAGUGGUCUACCGCUCUGGGCGGCGAGCUGUCUUCCUACGGCAUUGAGGUCGAGCUUGUCCAGGCUUACCUGAUUACCUCUGCCAUGUCCAAGAUCCGCCGUGCAUCUGCCUCCAUCCCCACUCCCCGCGCUUUCGUCCGCUCCGUUCUCUCUAAGAUCGGCCGUAGCGGUGGUUCGUCCUCGUACGCUCACAGCUCCUCUCCUUACUGGAGCCACGGCCUCAUGGCCUGGUUCCUGACCUCCAUCGGAACCAUGAACGGCUUCGUGCUUAGCCAGAACAAAUCCAUGCAUGAGAGCAUUCGCAAGCGUGCCCUGCGCAAGGCUGAGCGUGAUGCUCAGAAGAAGAGCACUUGA